AUGGAGAACUGCAAUAUGCAUGGGGAGAAAAUGAGUCUUAUAAAUGAGCUCGCACAAGGCAGGGAGCUAGCUAGGCAACUCCAGAUCCAUCUCAAUGUUCCGUCUUCCUCUCAUGGAACCCGGGAAUCGUUGGUUCAAAAAAUCAUAGUUUCAUACGAAAAGGCGCUUUCCAUGCUCAAUUCUAGCAGCCCAGCCUCAGGGGGAGAGCAACAACUACCCACAGGUCAUGCUGCGAUUCGAAUGAUUGAGUCCCCCCCACCUUCUCUCAAUGGAAGUCCCCAUAGUGAAGACUCGGAUCGCGAAUUCAAGGACCAGGACAACAAAGAGUCGUCCAGGAAGAGGAAAACUCUGCCAAGGUGGACACAACAAAUAAGAGUUACAUCAGGUAUAGGGCUUGAGGGGCCUCUUGAUGAUGGCUUCAGCUGGAGGAAAUAUGGCCAAAAGGACAUACUCGGAGCCAAAUAUCCAAGAGGCUAUUACAGAUGCACUUAUCGGAAUGCUCAAUGCUGUUUGGCCACAAAGCAAGUGCAACGCUCCGAUGAGGACCCAACAGUCUUCGAAAUUACUUACCGAGGAAGGCACACAUGUACACAAGCCUCCACCAGCACAACCAGUGCUCAUCCUCCUCCUCCUCCUCCUCCUCCACAGAACAGCAUGGACAUAGUGGACCCUCAACAGAAUCAGCAGCAACCACAAGACUUGCUCUUAGCCAUCCCACAAGGCCUUACAGUAGUAACUGAAGGCUUAGACGCUGGUGAUCAGGAAUUGUUUCCCUACAAUCCAUUGAACCACAACUAUGUGGGGAAUUUUUCUCCUCCAUUUAUGGGGCCUGCAACUUCUGGAACACAGUAUUUCUCAGCUUCAGAGCAGGGCUUUGGAGGAGGCAGCCAAGGUUUUCAGGGUGUUGAGUGUGAGAUUGCAGAGAUUCUUUCGUCUUCUACUUCAGCAACCAACUCUCCUGCUGCUUUGGGUUUCCCAUUUGGUCAGGCUGAUCAAAACUUAUACCCCAACUUCUCAUUUGACGGUCCAGGCUUCUUUUCCUCAUAG